AUGUCCUCGCAAGCGGCGCCGACUACUUUGUCCGCAUCUGUGUACGCUGCAGACGGUGCAGACGUCAACACCCAGGUGCAACGCAUCAUUGAAGACCUCCCGAACAUCAACGAGAAGCUCCAGAAUGCUCGCCCUGAAGAAAUUCUGGCUUGGUCGAUGAACAACCUGCCGAAUCUAUACCAGACCACCGCGUUCGGCCUGACGGGCUGUGUCACGCUGGACCUUGUCUCGCGCAUCAGCACCGAGCUUGCGCAAAGCAAGGGUGUGCCUGCUCAGCACCUCGUGCCGCUCAUCUUCAUUGACACCCUCUACCACUUUCCCCAGACUACGGAGCUUGCGAAGCGAUCGUCGGAGCACUACAACGCUCCUAUGCAUGUGUACACCCCGGUGGGAAGCGCAACUGUGAGCGAGUUUGAGGAGCGCUGGGGCCCGCAGCUUUGGGAGCGUGACGAGGACACCUACGACUACCUUGUCAAGGUGGAGCCUGCGCGUCGCGCUUACGACGAGCUCAAGGUCUGUGCAGUUUUCACGGGCCGCCGUCGCUCGCAGGGUGCUGACCGCGCCGCCCUUCCUGCGGUCGAGGUGGACGAGACGGGCCUCAUUAAGGUGAACCCACUCCUGAACUGGUCGUUCGAGGACGUCAACAAGUACGUCAAGGAGCACGCGGUGCCCUACAACGAGCUGCUCGACCUUGGAUACAAGUCCAUUGGUGACUGGCACUCGACGGCCCUGCCCUCGGACAAGAACGCGGGCGAGCGCUCGGGUCGCUGGGCCGACAAGGCCGGCAAGACUGAGUGCGGUCUGCACAAGGACUACUUCAAGUUCAAGGUUCUGGCUGAGAAGAAGAUGCGCGAGGCUGAGCUCAGCCAGACCAAGAUUAUCGAAAAUGGUAUUAUUCACAUGCAGCUCAAAUCCUUCAAAGGCCCUGUUCGUAUUCAGACGCAUAUGAGUGAGAACAAGGCCGAGAUCGCCAAGACGCUGGAGUUGUUCCCUGAAUCCAAAUCCUCGCUGAGCGCGGUCUAA